UUCAUCUUCGUAGGGUCUUCCGCUUCUGGUUCUUCUUCAUCUUCUUCUUCUUCUUGCGUGCCUGAAGUUCGACUCUGCUUCUGCGGUACUGUUCAUUCCCUCGCUCUCUCGGCGUUCCGUCUCUUCACCCUUUUCUCUUGAGCAACCACCGGAGUGCGCUACUUACGGUGCGUCGACGCACUCUCUGGCGGCCGUUUCUUUUUGCGUUUUUAGGUUGAUACGGCAUCGGUUUAAGCGUGAUUUUUCUUGGUGGAGAUUUCUCUGCAGCGUAGGUGUCGUAAGCGGAGGCAACCAUGGCGAAAAACUCGUUCAAGCAAGAGCAUCCAAUGGAGAAGAGGCAAGCUGAGGCAGCAAGGAUCCGUGACAAGUAUCCUGACAGAAUUCCUGUAAUUGUGGAGAAAGCCGAAAAGAGUGACAUCUCAGACAUAGACAAGAAAAAGUACCUUGUGCCAGCCGACUUGACGGUUGGGCAGUUUGUCUACGUCAUAAGAAAGCGCAUCAAGUUAAGUUCUGAGAAGGCCAUCUUCAUUUUCGUGAAGAAUGUUUUGCCUCCAACAGCUGCUAUGAUGUCAUCCAUUUACGAUGAACACAAGGAUGAGGACGGAUUCCUGUACUUUACUUACAGUGGUGAAAACACCUUCGGAGAUGUUAUCAACUGCCAGAAAUAUUGAGCGUAUUGCUGGUCUGUAGUCGACAUGCCUGCCCACAACUAGCUGAAUGUGUUGUCGGCGCAAGCACUAGCUUGAGUUCAUCGUCUGUCACGUCUAUGCUUAGGAAGUCGGAUUGCUGUCUCGAAGCAUCUUUGUAAAUUUUGUCAAAAACUAUAGUUCAUGUAUAGGAGUGGACAAGUAUCAAGCAAAUGUAUAUAUCUUGAUUUGGAUCUGUGCUCCAGCACAGCAUAUAAAUAAUUAAUUACCCUUUCUCCUCCUCUA